AUGCGCAAUUUACUCGCUUCACGAUCGCGUGCUCGGUUGUUGGAGCGUGGAGCUAGAGAGGAGGAUACCUCCAGUGCUAAUAAAGUGGCCUUUAAGAGUAUUGAUGUCAAUAGGCAUUCAGUGAAGGUUCUGUCAGUGCCCGACUUGACGGUUUCUGUAUCGUGGCCGAGUCACCUGUCGGGUCUCAGCAAGACGGAGCGUGGCCUUAUCGACUGGUUGCAGCUACAUUAUGGGUUAUGUUGUGGUAAAAGUGUCCUCUUCUCGGGGUCCUUCAGAUUGGCUCCCUUUGUGCUGUCUGAAUUGGGAGGUCUACGGAAGGUCCAUGUCCUUACUACUACAGUCGAGGAUGCUAUUGCUCUGGAGAGUAUCUGUGGGCAUUUUCGUGGCGCGGUGAAGGUGAAACUCACAGUACGUGGGAAGUAUGAUGUGGUUUUCUCCCUCGGCGAGUUUGAUACUGGGCGACAUGUGAAGUGUGGUGGUACGUUGAUAGUUGGUCGUGGUGACACGGCGCUUGGUCCUUCUCGUGGUGAUUGGAGUCGUAUUGAUGGUGAUGCUGCAGUGGUGAUAUGUUGUGGUAAACGGGUGAAGGUCUUGAGGA